AUGGAGAACCUUAAAGGGGAGGUUCUUCCCUCAAGAGAACACUCGAGCGGUUUGCUGCUACUCUGCAGCAUCCUGCGCUCGGUGCUGAUCGCAAUCGCUUGGGCGUGCGUGCUCGUCUUCGUGUUCUGGCAGAUCACCUUUAACCUGCCCACGUGGUGUUGGGUGCACAUAAAGGGCAAGUUCUGGGAAGACGUGCGACUUGGGCUGGAGCUCAGGAACCAUAUGAUGGAACCAGGUUACUACGUCGUCUACGGCUGGGACGCCCUCUUUGCAAUCACCUGCAUCGCGCCGCCUCUAGUUGCCGCCGUCUGCAUCUCCCUCGCUCGGAUGCUACCAAAAAAAGAGAUGACCCGGGCAGACUACAAAAACAUGGUCCGGCGUAUAUUCGCCUGGGAAAUCCCGCCCCGCCGGUUUUGGCUCUGGUGUUAUUCCGGCAUGUCUCUGAGCGAGUUCCUGCUGAUCGCGAGCUGGAUCGCGGCCCACUUCGUCUGCCUAUGGAGCCACAUGACUUACUACCAGGGUCGAUUCGACGCGUGGGACGCGCUUGGUCUCUACUACAACGUACCCAAGAGCGUAUACGCGCUCGACAGGAUUGCCAUUGCCUGGGGUUGGAUACUGUUCGUGGACUUUGCCCUCCUGUUCUUCCCGAUCUCCCACAGCUCGUUCCUGAACUACAUGUUCGGCAUUCCCUUCCCGCACCUCAUUCGAUACCACAGGUGGUUGGGACACGUGGCCAUGUGGACCACGACUGCGCACGCCCUCUUUUACUAUCUCUACUGGAUCGCUAACCCAGAAAUCAAAUUCCUCCACGAGUUCUUCGACUGGGGCCAGCGUUAUUCCAUCAACCUCUUCGCCGGCUCUAUCGCCUGGUUCUUUGGACUCGCUCUCUGGUUCACAUCCCUCGACUGGAUCCGUCGCAAGUACUUCGAGCUCUUCUACAAAACACACUUCAUCGGGUUCGUGGGCUUCAUCAUUUUCGCUCAGAUGCACUACUACUGGAUGUGGGCUUGCUGGCUCCCAGGCCUGCUUCUGUACGCGGCUGACCUGGCAGUCAGGCUUUGCCAGAUCCAGAACACGUCGACAGCGAUCGCAAAGGGCGUCUGCGAAGAAGACUCGGUUGUCAUGAUCAAACUUUCGGUCGACAAGAACAUAAAGCUGAGCCCUCUGCAAGACAUCUACGUGGCCUUCCCAGACAUUAGUCGCUGGCAGUACCACCCGUUCAGCAUCGCGAAGGGUGAUACGAUUUCUGCGUGCCCAUUGGAUGGCGGCAGCCAGGAGAUCCUGAUCAGCAUGAAGCGCUACGGAAAGUGGACAGCGGAAUUCAUCGACCGCUUGAAGAACGGAGAGGUACUGGCGGUGCGGCUCAGCGGCCCGUUUGGAGGCGAGACCUCCUUCCAGUGGCGCAAAUACGACGUCGUCCAUCUCUACGCAGGCGGCAUCGGGGUUGUGCCGCUCAUCUCGCUCCUGCAAGACAUGCUCUCCGCGCGCGGGGCUGGCUCGCAGGAUGACGUACCUAAGCACGUGGUUCUGUACUGGUGUGCCCGUCACAAGGCGGAGUUCCAUCUUCUCACGAGGGACAUGGCGGCCGCGUUACAGGAGAAGUGGCUCAGCGCCCGUCUCUUCUACACCGGCGAAGAGUCCACGGUACCAACGGCGAACCCAAGCUUCAAAAGCUCCAAAUUCAACGUAGACGUGGGUCGUGAAGUGCCGGAGACGACUAACGUUGAUGCUGGAAAGUCUAGUAGCGCCCCGGCUGAAUCACAGCGCUGUGGUGACGUCAUGAUUUCAGGGGCGUCCAGCUUCUUCUGGGAUUACGCGAGGCCGAUUCAGCCCAAGUCCUUCAACGAGCUGGAGACGCUCCUUGUAAUCGUGAUGACGUGGAUCGGCGGCUGGUGUGGCCUGGUUCUUUGCCAGAGCUUCUACUCGGAGUACGUGGAGACGUACUUCACCAGACCAAAAUACUGGCAGGCGGGUCUGUUCUACACCGUUCUGCUCUCCGUUACGUCGAUCGGGCUGCCAGUAGCUGUGGUGAUUUUCCCCAGGCACCUCUACAGGUAUUUGCGCUACAGAAGGGACGACGUCAUCCAAGCGUCACAGCUGGCGUCCGCUGAGGACGUGUACGAGAGCCCCGAUCACCCGUCCGUCUCUACCACAAGAGUCAGCUUCAACGAGUUGGGCCUGGAAGUCAACAUCGAGCAGGGGCGCCCCGACCUCAGGACUGCCCUCGAAAGCAUCAUCGUAAAUGAGAAGGCUUCGACGAGGGUUGCCAUUUGCUGUGCCGGUCCCGAAGUGAUGAUGAACGAUUGCUCGAAUCUGGUGUCUCAACUCAAGAACAACGAUGAGGGAGUGUACCUUGAGUAUCAUCGGCUUGCCUAUCAGCUGUAAAUGUCGGUUACGCAGUUUUGUUAUUGCGAAUGAUAGGUUCUGUCGUCAACGGUUUUCGGCCUAUCAUGCAGUGGCCGGCCGGCAAAUAUAAUCUAUUUUCUGGGUAGUUCCUCUGCUUUUAAGUCUGCACAGGCAAGGACAAGACUAGAAUCGAGUAUAAGUGGACAAGUCUGUACUUAAUAUAAGUACAGCUUAAAAAGCGCAGUGUCUAGUGUGUUGGUUGCAGGAAUC